AUGACUGUCAUCGCUUUCACUGUCUCCGUGCUGCUCCUGCUCCCUCAGGCGGUGCCGGCUCGCUGGGCGUGUGUGCGUGCGUGUCCGGCCUCCUGCUCCUGCACUCAGGAGAAGAGCUGCAGCGUGCUGUGCGACCGCACCGGCAUGUCUGAGCUGCCCAAAGAGUUCCCCUGCGAAGCCUCGGCCAUCAACCUGGACAAGAACAAGCUCAAGUUCCUGUCCGAGCGCGCCUUCGGGACGCUGCCGUCCCUCAAGUCUCUGUCUCUGGACCACAACAACAUCUCCUUCAUCACCCCCGGAGCCUUCAAGGGCCUCGCCAACUUAGUGGAGCUGAAAAUGGCGCACAACGAGUACAUCAGUUACCUCCACACGCGGACGUUCACGGGGCUGAAGAAGCUGGUGCGCCUCGACCUGUCGGACUGUAACCUCUUCAACAUCCCCGACCGCAUCUUCAUCGAGCAGACGGCGCUGAAGGAGCUGCUCUGCUUCCAGAACAACUUCAGGAGGAUCCCCGGGGCCUUCAGGGGCAUGGAGAACCUGACCCACAUCUACCUGGAGAGGAACAAGAUCGAGGCGGUGGCUUACAACUCGCUGCUGGGCCUGGGGAGUCUCAGGUACCUGAACCUCCAGGAGAACCGCAUCAACGUGAUCCACGACCAGGCCUUCCAGGACCUGGUGCGGCUGGAGAACUUCUACCUCAACGACAACCUUCUGUGUGAUCUGCCGCGGCUCGCCUUCAAGGGCCUCAUCCGCCUCAAGAUGCUGAACCUCGGCGGGAACCAGCUGACCAACGUGUCCAGGACCUGGUUCAGCGACCUGGUGGAGCUGGAGGUCCUGUACCUGGACCGGAACCAGCUGCUGAACAUCGAGGAGGGCUCGUUUGAGAACCUGACCAGCCUGAUCACGCUCCACCUGAACAGCAACAACCUCACCAGCCUCCCCUUCCCCGUCUUCCAGCCCAUCUACUUCCUGGGCCGCCUGUACCUCUUCAGGAACCCGUGGGAGUGCGACUGCUCCUUCGAGUGGAUGAAGGAGUGGAUGGAGAGCUAUAAGCUGGUGCGAGACAUCCCCUGCGCCUCGCCCUCCUCCGUGGCGGGACUGGAUCUCAGCGAGGUGGUUUUCACAAAGGUGAACGGCACGUGCGUGGACCCCGGAGAGUUUAAUCUGACCACGCCGUCCUCGGAGGUCGUCUCCACCACGGAGAACCGCUUCAACAGCCUCAUCUCAAAGCUGCUGCAGCAGGAGCUCAGGGAGGAGAUGGGGAACGGGACAGAGAGCCUCCGCAACGGGACUCUGCUGGACCCCGAGGAGGGGCAGCUCUCCGCCGGGGUCGGGGGGCGGCGGGCCCAGGCGAGCCAAUCGCAUCUGUGCUUCACUGCAGCGUGGCUCUUCUUCGGUUUGAUAGAUUUCUUUUACCGUCUUUCUUGCACAUGA